UAAACGGAAGUUAGCUUUUCGCCCAUGGAUACCGGAAAUGUAUAAACAGCCAUUGUUUAUCGUAACUUGAGCGUUGCGAUUUAAAGUUACGCUGUUUGUUAAGAAUUUUGUUAAUCAAACAUGGGAGUUCCAGCAUUUUUCAGAUGGCUAAGCCGUAAGUAUACGUCAAUUGUUGUACAUUGUGUGGAAGAGAAGCCAAAAGAGAUUGAUGACACAACAGUACCAGUAGACCCUAGUAAACCGAACCCGAACGAUGUUGAAUUUGAUAACCUAUAUUUAGAUAUGAACGGCAUUAUUCAUCCAUGUUGUCACCCUGAAAACAAACCUGCUCCCGCAAAUGAAGAUGAAAUGAUGAUUGAUAUUUUUGAAUAUAUCGAUAGAAUUUUUAACAUUUGCCGACCACGUAAGCUUUUGUAUAUGGCCAUCGAUGGCGUGGCUCCACGUGCAAAAAUGAACCAGCAGCGUUCGCGGAGAUUUCGUUCUUCCAAGGAAGCAGUUGAAAGUGAAGUAGAGAAAUCUAAACUACGAGACGAAGUUUUGUCUAAAGGCUUCCAUUUACCACCACCGAAAGAAAAAGGUGAAAGAUUCGAUAGUAAUUGUAUUACUCCAGGUACUCCAUUUAUGUUUCGUCUUGCUGAAUGUCUUCGCUAUUAUGUCCACGAUCGUUUAAAUAAUUCGCCUGGAUGGGAAAACAUCAAAGUAAUUCUUUCUGAUGCAAAUGUUCCAGGAGAAGGAGAACAUAAAAUUAUGGAUUAUAUUCGACGACAGAGAGCCCAACCUGACCAUGAUCCAAAUACGCAUCACUGUCUCUGUGGAGCCGACGCUGAUUUGAUAAUGUUGGGACUGGCAACACAUGAACCACAUUUUACUAUAAUAAGAGAAGAAUUCAAGUAUAAUCAACCCAGACCAUGUGAGCUAUGUGGGCAGUUAGGGCAUGAAAUGAAAGAAUGUGUUGGGUUACCAAAAGAAGAAUGUGACAAACCACUUGCAAAAGCACUUGGUUCAGAACAAGAAUUCAUUUUUAUCCGAUUGUGUGUAUUAAGAGAACACUUACAACAACAACUCCAUAUGGAUGGGCUCCCCUUUAAAUACGAUUUUGAACGAGCUGUCGAUGACUGGGUCUUCAUGUGCUUUUUUGUUGGUAAUGAUUUCUUACCUCAUCUGCCAUCAUUGGAAAUCAGAGAGGGAGCUAUUGACCGUCUUGUUGGCAUUUAUAAAAGGUGUGUUUACAAAACUGGAGGAUAUCUGACUGAGGAUGGUGUGGUAAAGUUGGAUAGAGUACAAUUUGUAUUGUCAGAGUUGGGAAAAGUCGAAGAUGAAAUUUUCAAAAAUCGUCGUCAAAAAGAUCUUGAAUAUCGGCGCCGAGAAAAACAAAAUAAGAGACCUAAAUUUGGGGAAAAGCCCAAGUGGAUGCUUGGAGGACAAUAUGCCCCAGCAGCAGUUGGAAGUAAUAGGGACGCAAUUCAAAAUCCUCGUCAAACAGCAGCAGAUAUGCGUAAAAUGACAUAUGGUUCAAAACAGAAUCACUCUGAUAAUUUUUCCAGAAAUGAAUCUGAACGAAGCCAAUCUAACAAACGUAAGCAUGAAGAUGAAGAAGAUGAUGAGCCAGCAGAUGAAGUAAAACUCUGGGAAAGUGGUUGGAAGGACAGGUAUUAUAAGUCAAAAUUUGAUGUUGAUAAGGAUGAUGUUGCUUUUCGGCAUCAAGUUGCUAAUCAUUAUGUACGUGGACUCUGUUGGGUUUUGAGAUACUACUAUCAAGGAUGUGCCAGUUGGAAGUGGUAUUUUCCAUAUCAUUAUGCACCAUUUGCCUCAGAUUUUUUGAAUGUAGGUGAUCUAUCAAAUGAAUUUGAAAAAAACACUGAACCAUUUAAACCUUUAGAACAGCUAAUGGGAGUUUUUCCAGCAGCUAGUCGUCAAUUCUUACCUGUUACUUGGCAACGAUUGAUGGUUGAUGAAGAUUCUCCAGUUAUUGACUUUUAUCCUAUCGAUUUUAAAGUUGAUCUUAAUGGCAAGAAAUAUGCUUGGCAAGGAGUAGCUCUUCUUCCUUUUGUUGAUGAAAUUAGGCUAAAGAAAGCUCUUAGCAGUGUUUAUGAUGAUCUUACAGGUGAAGAAAAACUUAGGAAUACCAGAGGUAGUGACCGAUUGUUUGUUGGUUGUAAAAAUCCAAUUCACAGUUACUUUGAUUCUUUAUACGAGCAAAAUCAAUAUAAUGUGAAAUCACAGAUUAAUCCAAAGUUAGCUGAAGGUAUGGCAGGCACUGUUUGGUGUGAUAACACUGCUGUUUUACCAGGCCACACUUUCUUCUCACCUCUUUCAAAAUUGAAGGAUUUUAAAAACCAAGCAUUGUGUGUAUAUUUUGCUGACCCACAUUAUGGUGAUGACUUUUUGUUUUCUGCUAAAGUUUUACCUAAUGCUGUUUUCCCACCACCAACAGUCAAACCAUCUGACUAUGAUAGAAAAAAUCGUAAUCAGCCAUAUAGACCUCAAUUAGGAUUUCAGAGAAACUCUGGGUACCGUGACACAGAUGUUAAUGCAAUGGUACGAAUGAUACGCCACAGUACCAAUCAGCCGAAUCAACCUACACAACAAGGCUACUCUGGAGAUGGUGCUAGGAUUCCCCCACCUUUGGAGUUAUAUCAAGGAAGAAAUUAUAAUAAUCCUCCUCCAAUGUUGAUGAAUUGGAACAAUGACAAUUACAACAACAGUGGUUACUCUGGAAAUCGUUAUGGAGGAGGAGGAGGAGGAGGAGGUUAUAGGCAACAGAACAGAGGAGGUGGAGGAUAUAACAGAAGAUUUAAUAAUCCACGAGGUGGUGGAAACUAUGGUUAUAACCAAAAUAGAAACAAAAGUGGGUGGACUGAUCAGUAUGAUCAAUAUAGAGGCAAUAACUCUAGAUCAUACAAAUGAUUUCCCCUUGUUUUGAGGGUUUUAUAUAUUUAACCUAUUAUAUUCAUAAAUAUAUAUUUGGUGAUCCAUUCGUACUUAUAAACAUUUAUUCAGCAUUUUUUAAAAAAGAUUUUUCUGUGUACCAUCUAGUGGCUCAACUUUGCAGGCAUUUUACUAUACAAAAAUGAUUGUAUAUUAUUAAUAUAGGGCAGGGGGAACAAUUUUCAUAACAAAGUAGUGAAUAUAAAACAUUUGAGUUGGGUGUCAUCAUCAGCUUAUAUUUUUUUUUUUGUAUAAUUUUUAAAUCUGGAUUUUAGAUGUCUUGUCUAAAGACAGCUUCUCUGAAAUACUCCAGCAUCUGUAGUUAUCAAUUGGAUUGGUACCAGUCUUAAUUUGUAAUU